CCUUGUGAGUCAUGAGAGCUUCAGAGGAACCUUAGACUGUCACUGAGAAAGGAAAAGAAGGGACUGUCUGACUGCUACAAUGUCUAGGUCUUUUUAUGUUGACUCUCUAAUUAUCAAAGAUUCCUCCUCAAGACCAACUCCAGCCUUGCCUGAUCAUUCCCAUCACCACCACCACCACCAUGGGCAGGAUUUCCUUCUGCCCAUCAGCAUACCAUCCCCAACUGUCAUGUCAAUAUCUGCCCCUGUGUGCCCUUCUAGGAAAAGUGGCAGCUUUUGCGUCUGCCCCAUCUGUGUGGCUUCUCACCUGCACUCCACCAGGAAUGGCAUCCCUCUGCUCAAAAGUCAGUUCUCUAAUGGGGAGGCGCAGUACUGCCAGAGGAUGAGUCAACAGCCCAGCCCAGCCAUGGUCCACCCAGCGCAUACACCUGUCUGCAGCCCAACCUACAAUGUUGCCGACCCCAGGAGAUUCCAUUGCAUGUCAAUGGGUGGAGCAGAGAACAGCCAGGCGCAGAAUGGCAAGCGAAUGCGGACUGCAUUUAGCAGCACUCAGCUUCUGGAGCUGGAGAGGGAAUUCUCCUCCAACAUGUACCUGUCCAGGCUGAGGAGGAUCGAGAUUGCCACCUACCUGAGCCUGUCAGAGAAGCAGGUGAAGAUCUGGUUUCAGAACAGGAGAGUAAAGCACAAGAAAGAGAACAAGGGCUCCCAAAGGAACACCCACGGGGGCUGUAAGUGCGCAGGGCCACAAGGGCAUUACCCCAGAUCAGAAGAUGAAGAUUCCUUGUCUACAGCUUCAGCAAGUGAGGACAAGGAGGUGUCACCUUUAUAAAUUGCUCUACCUGCAAUAAAUGUCUUUGUGACUCUAUGGCACUUAUGAUCCACACCAGGAACGUUAUACUGACUCAUUCAAAUACCCCCUUAUUUCACAAUAAGCCUUUGGACACAUUUUUUUUUUUUUUGCUGAAUUUGGGGACUGAAUAUAUUUCCCUAGUAUGAGAACAAAGUCAGGGGUUCGUUUUGUAAAAAAAAUUGCUGUUUUUUUUUUGUUACUAGUCGCCUGUAGGUUUUUAUGCAACAAUCUGUAAAUAGUCUCAUGCCCUAACGUUUUGCAAAUCCACCUGCGAGUGAAUAGUUUUAUACAAAUUUAUAUUUAUAUUUAUUUAAAUAAACGAAAAUAUGGGUAA